AUGCAUUAUGUGAAUGGCAGCCUGCUAAGUACACCAGCAGAUAUUGAAAAUGAAAAUAUAGAAUUUUACAAAUCUUUAGUGGGCUCAAAAGCUAAUGUUCUGCAAGGUAUUGAUUUGCCGGCUAUCCGCAAUGGUAAGUUUAUAUCUCCAAAGGAAGCUCAUCGAAUCAGCUGCCCCAUAGAAGAUAAUGUAAUUUGGACAACUUUGAAUUCUAUUGGCGAUAAUAAAGCUCUGGGGAUAGAUGGUUAUAACGCAUUCCUCUUUAAAUCCUCCCGGGAUAUUGUUAAGAAGGAUGAUAAAGAUGAAAUAUUGGAAUUCUUUGAGACUGGUAAAAUUUUGUUGGUAGUAUAUUGCUCUCUCGUUGCUUUAAUUCUGAAGACUCCGGAGGGAAAUACUAUUAAAGACAUGCGCCCUAUUGCUUGUUGUACUACAAUUUAUAAAAUUAUAUAA